AUGUUAAAGUUGUGGCUCGGGCUCGCUCUAACGGCUGAUUCAUCGGCUUUAUUUAGGGGAAGCAAUAGUUUUGGGAUGAGUCUAAAAAGGCCAUCAGAGCUCUAUAAACACCUAAGAGUUUCCAAGAGAUAUAUCCUGGGGAAAUCCCAUGAUGACAUAGUGACAUCGCUCCCAAAAGAUGAAGAUGCCCCCGAGCUAGAGUCACGACUUCAAUUCCAUAAGCAAUUUAUGAUAGGAGCACAAAGUAACAGAGCGGGGUUAGGAUCAAAUAGGAAAGUCCAAGAUGCGGAUAUAUUGAAGUCUUUUAUUCGGCAAGACGAGAAUGAUAAAUAUAAGAUCCAUGCAAUGAAUUUAGAAAUGCAGAACGAGUGGUUAGACAUAGGAGAUUUUUGCAUCCCAUUAGCAUUAAAAUGGCGCACUUUAAUUUAUGAUUGGUCGCCAGCAUUGCUAAAAUUCUAUCUCAAUGCGUUCCAGAUGACUCUCCCAGAUCAGAGUAAUUUAGUAAGAUGGGGUGAAAGUACCGAAAAAACUUGCUAUAUCUGUGGAAAGGCAGUUGGAACUGCUAAGCAUCUGCUGGUGGGAUGUAGAGUACUCCUGGACAGCGGUCAAUACUCGCGCCGUCACGAUAGGGUUUUAGAGAUCAUACGUGAAGCGGUUAGUCUUUCGGUAGCCAGAGCGCAAAAGGAAAUAACCACAAACGAACGAUCAGUAGGUUUUGUGAGAGAAGGCACUAGGGCUACAAAAUCAAACGUCAAGCCUUACUCCAUCCUUAAAGUGGCGUCGGAUUGGACUAUAAUGAUGGACACGUAUGAAAAGCAAUAUAAAAUCCCCGAGGAUAUUUGUGCGUCAGCCUCCAGACCGGAUAUAUUUUUGUUUUCGCGAAUUUUAAAGCGCGUAGUAAUGAUAGAGCUUACGGUCCCUUGGGAAACCAACAUCCCCAAAGACCAUACCAUCAAGGUCAACAAAUAUUACGAGCUCACAAACGAACUCACUCGAAAUAGGUUCGUAGUAGAUUUGUACGCGGUAGAGGUGGGAGCGAGAGGUAUAACAGCGAAAUCUCUCUACAACCUACUAAAGGACUUGGGCUUGUCCAGAACUCACAUUAAUGCAUUCUUGGGACGUAUAUCGAAGGCAGCCCUAGUAGGUUCUUUUCAAAUUUGGUUAGGUAGGGAGAGGAGCUUGGACAGUGGAGGUGAGCGUAUAACGCGCGUUAGUUAA